UUUACUUGGGAUCGGUAUCCAUUUUAUCUUUGAUAAAAUUUUACCUGUUUAUUAUUUCAUCACAUUUGUAUCGGGUGACAAGAUGAAACUGCUUAUCACAACUGUGUCUCUUCUUCAUUUUCUUGUAGCGGUGUUUGGAAAGAGUGAAAAAACAUAUACGUUUGGAAAAGACUGUUCUGUGUCCAUUGAGCAUGUAGAUGAAGACAAAUCAAUAACAGUUGUAUACAAUGGACCAGAUAAUCUACACAGUUGGUGUGAUUACAUGUCUUUUAUCGGGAGAGAUGACGGCUAUCUGAAUGAAUAUGAGAUCUGUAUAACACCGGAGGUGUACGACGACCCUGAUUGUGCAGUAGAGUUAACUUACAGGGAGGAUUAUGAUGGUACACCAUUGAAGAAAUAUACAUGUUAUGACAAACCGACAACGAAAUAUUGUGGAGAACAAGACGCAUAUAUGUAUAUAUAUCUAACCCCCAAAAGUCCUAGUAAUCUUCAGAAUGUUCAAGUGAAACUGAAAAUUGAAGCUGUAAUGACAUAUAAUUUGAAACUGAAAAUUGAAGCUAAAUAUACAUGUUAUGACAAACCGACAACGAAAUAUUGUGGAGAACAAGACGCAUAUAUGUAUAUCUAUCUAACCCCCAAAAGUCCUAGUAAUCUUCAGAAUGUUCAAGUGAAACUGAAAAUUGAAGCUGUAAUGACAUAUAAUUACUAUACAACCAUCGGAAUAAUAAUAGGUAGCGUUAUUGGUGGUAUUUUGGUGAUAAGUGUAGUUAUUGGAGUAAUAUUAUGUAUCACUUGUAGAGGACGAAGAUCGCCUGGACAGGUCAUGAACCCGGGUACUGGAGUAAGGAUGGGACAAUAUCAGUCACCUAAUGCAUCACAACCAGCAGGAAACUAUGCACCACCACUAACAGGAAGCUAUCCCACUCAACCAACAGGAAGUCAUCCAACAUAACAAACCGGAAAUGAUCAUACUCCACCGGCGCCUGUGUUUGCUGGCUACACAUACAAUACUCCUCCGCCAGCAUACAGUACAGGUUCAAAAACGUGAAUCGAUAUGAAAAUAUCUUUUUAUUCUGAGUAUGAAAUCCAUUUUAUAUUCUUUAAAUGAAAUGUCUAUCUAUGUGAUAGUGAUUAUUUUCAUCUUGAUUUAAAAAUAAGAUUGAAUUUUUCUUUAAAUAAAUUUGACUCUAUCUUACUUAUUUUACAAAUUGUCGGAUUUCAUGUCGACGAAAUACGCCAUGUUCAAUGUUAUGACCUUUCUUCUUAUUUGUGACUAAGUGUGCAAAACCUAUAUGGUCACGGUCAUAUUUUUUCAGUAACAGAAUCAAAUUGUGAAACUUUGGAACAUUUGAGUAUUGAAGAGUCUAAAUAAUACACUUCAAAGAUUUCUGUUUAUAUAAACCCUAAAGUCAAAAUGCAUUGUUGUUGAAAUACUUGAUAAAAUAAUGCAAUGUAUUUAUAAAACGUUGUUUAUGUAUACACUAUUUAUAAUAUUUACUUUUAUUUAGGGAGGAGUUAUGUAGAAGCAAAUUUAAUCUAAAUAGAGUUUAUGCGAUGCGAUCUUAUUAAAAAUAAUGAUUUUUUUUUAUUAAUUGAUUAUGUACAUUGACUGUUUUUUAUUUAUUUGUGAACAUUAAAUUUCAUAUCUUUA